AUGACGCCCUCACACCUACUGUCCCGUCAAUUUGGCGGACCACCCAACGACCGCGGCUUCACCGACGCCCAUCGAGGUUUCUCGACCGCUGCCAUUGUCGGCAUCGUCCUCACAGCCGUCUUCAUUGCCUUGGGCAUCUCCAUCGUCGUCUUCAUCUACUUACGCUCACGGCGCCGCAACGUCGCCUCCCACUCCAAUGCCAAUCCAAACAUACUCCUCCAGUCGCAAGCGUUGUUCAAGAAUGGUCAGUCGCAAGCAUUGUCCAAGAAUGGUCAGUCAGCGUCUUCAACUUCAGCCUCUUACACUCCUCUGCCGGGAAAAUCAAACGCCUAUGGCGGCAGUGAUGGAUACCAAGCCACUCCCGACCAGAAUCACAGUCUCCUAGGCCACGCAGCCGCACCAGCCAUCACUGUGACGUGGGACACGGAUCACGACCAUGAUCAUGAGAAUGCCGGCAUAGGCAGCACGCAGGAUGGGUUUGGGUUUGGAUAUCCGGAUGCCACCGCAGCUAUUCUACGGCCUAUCCAGAGACCGCCGAGCAUAGCAAGUCUGGCAGACAUCGACACCGCCCCGCCGCCCAGGUACGAAGAAGCCGCAGGAUUGUCGUCGGUACGCCGCCCUAGGGCCAGUUCCGAGUCGACAGGCCAUGGCCAGGGGCUCGACCUGCUGAAUCGGCCGUUUGGCGUGGGCGUGGGUGUGGAGCAACACCAGCAACGAGGACGGGGCGGCCGCGCGUCUGUCGCGAGAGAAAGAAGCGCAAAUGAGAGCGGGAGCGGGAACCAGAGUCCGAGAGAAAGAAGCGCAAGUGAGAGCGGGAACGGGAACGGGAACCAGAGUGCUGCGGAUAUCAACCGCUCAGUCAAUGCGGACAGACGGCGGAGCGUGUCGAGGUUUCGCGAGGUCGGAAUGGUCGAUCUGGAUCUGGAUCUCGCGGCCAAAAUGUGA